CUUUUAAAAAAUACUAGCGACCCGCCCCGGCUUUGCAGGGGUGCAAUGCUGAUACUAAACAUACCACAGAAUGUCUUUAUAUACAACGUUCACAGCUUUUUUGUCAUUAGAUAGGCACGCGUCGCCGCACCGGCCGGUACCGCCGCAAUGUGCCUGCAUUUAAAUCUGUAAUAUGUUUGAAUAUAUUUAUUUAAAUUACAUGCUGUAAAGGCCCUUAUCUACUUAUAUUACAUGCACAAUGUAUUUAAGGUACUAAAUUCGAUAAGGAUUAAUGCCGUAUUUGCAUAAAAUCGCUUCGUAAAUAAGCAAUUAUUUCUCGUAAAAAGUAAAUAAAUGGUUAUUGUGGGUUAUCCCUAAGAGAUAGACAUAUACCAUCGCGGACUUUUUGGUACAACUUUUUAAGGUGUACUGUAGUGAAUUAUUUUGAUCUAUCUCGUAGGGUUCAACCAGCGUUUGCAAUGUAAGCGCAAAAAAAUGUAUUUAUUUACAUCACAUUAGAAAUUUCUAAAAUUAUUAUCAGUGUUUUCUACUAUAUUACGCAUAUGCAUGUAUUAAACAUAGUAUAAACCUUUCUCUUGAAUCACUCUAUUUACUGAACAAACCGCAUCAAUAUCCGUUGCGUAGUUUUAAAGAUCUAAACAUAAGUACAUAGGAGCAGACAACGGGAAGCGACUUUUUUAUACUAUGUAGUGAUAGUGAUAAUCUCAAAAUGGAUUGCGUGGUUUUAAAAAUUAUUAUAAGUUGCGCUUAUCGCUCUUUUUUGUUUUGUAAUAAUAUAUUUUAUUAUUAUCUUUAUGACGAGCUUCAUUGUUCAUAUAGUGCGCACAUUUUGAGAUCUGAAACGUAUUUUAUCCCGGAAAAUCAAAGAAGCUUAUACUAGCUAUCUCUGUACCAAAUAGACGAUAUAUACGCGACUUCUUCGAUGCGGAUUUACCUACGGUAUUCAAAAAUCCUAUUCCCAUGGAAAUUUUGAUUUUCCGCGACUAAAAGUAGCCUAUAUCCCUGUCAGGAAUGCAUGAUUUGCAUGCAAGUUUGUUGAAAUUAGUUGAACGGUGAAAAAAUAGCAGGUAGACACACUUUCACAUUUAUAAUUAUUAAUAGAUAUUAGUACAGAUAUGAAUGCUAUGCUUAUAAGUUAUUACAGAUACAUCGGGAGUAUAUGGAAAUGAAAAACAAUUGAAAAGCGCUUUUCAACAACUACUACCAAAACAUGGCCUGGCGCGUAGCGAUAUCUUUAUUACUACGAAGUUAGCGCCUGUUACCAAUGAUGCUAAAUUUGUAGUCCGGGCUUUUGAGAGGUCUCUCAAAAACCUAGAUUUGGAGUAUAUUGAUUUGUACUUGCUGCAAUAUCCUUCUACGCCUCAUACCGAUCCGAAAAGUUCCAAGAAUGCAAAAAUGCGCGCCGAUACCUGGCUUGCAAUCAAUAAAUUGUACGAACAAUCAAAAAUUAAAGCCAUCGGAGUGUCUAAUUUUAACAUUAUGCAUUUGAUGCAAUUAUCUGAAUUGAAGCUUAUCGGGCCGAUGGUUAAUCAGAUCGAGUGGCAUCCGUACUACUACAAUGACGAGAUGCUACAAUAUUGCACAGAAAAUAAUAUACGUCUGCAAGCUCAUAGUUCAUUUGGCGGACUGUCUCAAAAUGAUACAACCCUUAUAAAAGAUCCGGUGGUAUACAACAUUGCAAGGCGAUACAAAGCUGGUGAAGCACAGAUUUUACUUCUGUGGGCUUUACAAAAGGGAGUUGCGGUCAUACCCAAAUCUAACAAUCCUGAACACCUAAGGGAUAAUAUGCAGCUUAAUUUUAGGAUUUCUGAAGAUGAUAUGAUGCUCCUCGACGAUCUUGGCUCUAAGAAUCGAAAAUACGCCUGGGAUCCCACAGCAGUAGCCUAAAGUACGACGCGGUAAGUAGUAGAUAUUUUUAUCGAAGUAUUUGGGCUACUGUCGAUCCAAAAUGCAAUUUCGCAUUAUAAUGAUAGUCAACUGUCUCACCGUUUUACCUACAUGUAUUAUUUAUCUUCUUAUUACAAGGACUAUAUCUAUCUACUGUACUUUACAUUAAAAUAUAUAUUUACAAAUAAAAUUCGAUAACCUCUUCUAUAUACAAAUUGGACAUGAUGACUAUUUUUAUUAACCGACUUCAAAAAAGGAGGAGGUUCUCAAUUCGUCGGAAUCUUUUUUUUUAUGUAUGUUCCCCGAUUUACUCAAAGACCCCUAGACCGAUUUCAAAUUUUUUUUGUUUGUGCAAAUGGUUCCAUAUAAAUUGGGUGAAGAUCUGAUGAAUAUCUUCGGAGAUGGAGAACAGAACUCUGCAACGGAUAGGAGCAAAUUGCUCGCGAUCAGUGUAAAAGCUUAGUAAACAAUAUGGUACAGUGGGGCCACUAAAAAUAAAAAUUUUUGGAUCUCCAUGGUGUUCCCGCGUCCUUAAUAUAUGUUCGUGUAUAUUCCACCUAUUGGAUUCACAUUGGAAUUUCAAAAAAAGCAAAUUCUGUCCCUUAAAAUCCAUUUAGAUACUUUUAUCAUAUCCCACCCGUAUUGUAUUUUAGAUAUUCUAUGACCAUGAUAACUGUUUCAAUUUUUACAAUAUUAUUAUUAUAAUGAGUACUUAGAUAGUUCUUAGCAAAAUUAUAAAUAUUUUAAUCGAAAACUUCAUUGCGAAAUGUCAUGAUGUGAAAUUAAAUUAUUCUCCUGAAGAAUUGGUAUCGUUUCAUUUAUUUAAAAUGCAAUAUGUUUAUUUGAAAUUUCAAAUAUAGAUAUAAUAUAAAUGUAAUUUAAUGGGCAUAAUCUAUUUUUGAUUCUUAUCAAUUCUCGUUGUCUAUAGAUAUUGUGAACACUCGAUGUGACGAAUUAUAUUUAGGUAAAUAUUAUAUAUUAUAGGUUUAGGUAUAUAUUAUAUAUAUAUUAUAGCAUAAUAUUAUGUUGGUUGCAUAGAUAUAAGAAAGCUAUAUUAUUGUGUAAUGCCGUUUGUGUCAUUUGAACACUCGAUGUGACGAAGUAUAUUUAUAAUAUAGUAUAAUAUGUUGGAAGUAUAGAUUUAACAAAACUAUAAUGUGUAAUGUCGUUAAUCGUCGUUAGGUUGUAAAAAUGUUAAAGAGAAACGUCCUCAAAUAUAACAAAUAGAUGUUACUAUCCAUACGCACAUGUAAGCACAAUAUUUACUGUUUGAGAAAUAAAGGUCUACUUCGGUGUUGUCA